AUGAUCCCAUUUCGUGGACGAAUUAUAUUCCAACAGUACACGAAGCAGAAGAAACACAGAUAUGGAAUAAAAAUUUUCAAACUCAGCUGCGAUCUUGGAUAUACAUACAACUUUCGUGUCUACAGUGGAAAAACUUUCGACGAAGCGAAUACGACGCCAACGUAUAAUCAUCAAUUUAUGCGAAGGUAUAUUCCACAAAGGCCAUACACUCUGCACGAACAACUGGUACACUAG